AUGAUUAGCAGAGGCCCCUGGUCUGCACGGCACACUCAGCCAGCUCAAACCAGAGCUCCAGACAGGGACCUGAUCGAAGAUCCCCAUGCCCAGGGUCAGCAAACGUCCAACGGCAGCUCCUUCACUGAGUUCCUCCUCCUGGCAUUUGCAGACACCCGGCAGCUGCAGCUCUUGCACUUCUCCCUCUUCCUGGGCAUCUACCUGGCUGCCCUCCUGGGCAACGGCCUCAUCAUCACAGCCAUAGCCUGCGACCACCGCCUCCACACCCCCAUGUACUUCUUCCUCCUCAACCUCUCCCUCCUUGACCUUGGCACCAUCUCCACCACUGUCCCCAAAUCCAUGGCCAAUUCCCUGUGGGACACCAGGGCCAUUUCCGACUCAGGAUGUGCUGCCCAGGUCUUUCAUUUUACUUUUCUCUUGUCGACUGAGUAUUCUGUUCUCACUGUCAUGGCCUAUGAUCGCUAUGUUGCCAUCUGCAAGCCCCUGCACUAUGGGACCAUCAUGGGCAGCAGAGCGUGUGUCAAAAUGGCAGCAGCUGCCUGGGCCAGUGGGUUUCUCAAUGCUCUCCUGCACACUGCCAACACAUUUUCAAUACCACUCUGCUAUGGCAAUGUCCUGGAGCAGUUCUUCUGUGAAAUUCCCCAGAUCCUCAAGCUCUCCUGCUCAAACUCCUACCUCAGGGAAAUUGGGGCUCUUGUGCUUACUCUUUGUUCAGGCUUCGGGUGUUUCGUCUGCAUUGUGGUGUCCUACGUGCAGAUCUUCACUGCUGUGCUGAGGAUCCCCUCUGAGCAGGGACAGCACAAAGCCUUUUCCAUGUGCCUCCCUCACCUGGCUGUGGUCUCCCUGUUUGUCAGCACUAUCAUAUUUGCCUACCUGAAGCCCCCCUCCAUCUCCUCCCCAGCUCUGGAUCUGGUGGUGGCUGUUUUGUACUUGGUGGUGCCUCCAGCAGUGAACCCCCUCAUCUACAGCAUGAGGAACAGGGAGCUCAGGGAUGCCCUGAAGAAA